UUUCAUACCAUCAGAGAGAAAGUUUUUCUCUCUGAUAUGUAUGUACAAGAGAACGAAAGAACCAUUUUUAUCAUUUGAACUGAACUUGUCAAAUCGCUGCGAGAAAAAGCUGGGAACAGCACUAGUAUGGGGAACAUACAAAUCCCGGGUGGUCAUUUCCUCUCUGAUGGUAUGAUGCACACAAAACAAAAAUAGGAUUGUCGAUUGUAUGUUUUAAUCAAUAAAACAAUGAAAAUUCCUUGUAAAGAUAAUAUUAAUAUAACAAUGAGAAUUUCUUUCAGAAAACUGUACACAUUCUACUUUAUGUCAACGUUUAAUUUGUUAAGUACAUUGAUUAAACGAUUAACGAACAAUAUUUUUAAUAUGAGACUACAAUAGGACAAUUGUUUAGUAAUUAUAAAUAAAAUGUCGAAAUUCGUUGACAAUUUUUUAAUCUUUUAUGUGAUCGGUAUUUCAGUUGCAGAAAGUUCCAUGAAAUUAUUACAGGUUCCUCUCGUACCUCGUCUUACAAUAGCUCGCUCUUAGCUGGCAGCUGGGUAUACGCAGGCAAUUCGAUGAAGUACGGUUUGAUUCAUUCACAAGUGUCUGCGAUGUUCCUUGUAAUUGUUUAGCAUUGUUUCCCUUCAAAAUGUGAAUGACAGCUAAUCAUUCCGUUCGGCAUCAAUUAUAAAAGUUGUUCAUGAUUCGGACGAUCGUUACAUGCAUAGAAACUCAGAAUGGAUUGAAUUCUCGCGUUAUUUAAGUUGCUUUAAGUGUUAAAGGGAGUGAAGAAUGGACGUUGCGGAUAACGCUGACGAAGCUUUAGAUCCUCGCAUACAGAUUGAGUUGGAGAAUUUAAAUGAUGCGACUGACGAUAUAAACAAACUUGAAACGGAAUUAGAUGAAGCUCACACAGCUUUUAGACAGUUGUUAUCCGAGACUACGAAAAGAUUAACAGAGAUAAUAAAUAAAGUAGGGAACAGUUCUGUCGAGAGGGCACGAUGUUAUUACGAAGCGCUGGAGGAAGCGCGUCAAGCUCAGGUAAAAUGCCAGCAGCAAGCUCAACAGUUUCAAAGAGCGAGCGAAAUUCAUGCAGCAGCAAAGGAAACAGUGGCAUUAGCUGAAAGUAGAUUUAUGUCUCAUCAGCAUGAAUGGAAUUUCGAUCAAGCUUGGCAGGAUAUGUUGAAUCAUGCAACUCUUAAAGUCAUGGACGCAGAAAAUAAGAAAGCGGAGUGUGGUAGGGAACAUUAUAGAAGAGCGAUAUUGUUUCACGAUGCCGAGAAAAGAUUGCUACAGUUAGCUGAAAAACAUCACCGACACAUAAUAAAGGCGCGCCCGUACUUUGAAAUCAAAGCACAGUGCGAUCAAAUGUUGGCGACUCAGGCAGAGCGAGUCGAAUGUUUGCAAAAAGCAAUACAAGACGCAAAGACUAAUUACUCCACGAGCCUUAAUAGAUUAGAGGAGAUCAGUAAUCAAAUACAUCAACAACGCAAAGAUUUUGAUUUUAUAGCUAACGGGCCCAGGGAACCAGGCGUCGGCGCAGAGUUAGUUAGUCCACAAAAGACUGGAAGCUACGACAUGGAAUUUACUCAAUUAAAUGGCAAUAAACUAAAAGAUAUUACAAAGAAUCAACUGAUCAAGUACAAUAGAAUAGAUAAUUACAAUAAUGUUGAGUGUCAAUUACAAGAGGAUGCCGAGCAUCUUGGCAAGAGAUCUGUGGACGGAAGCGAAGCGACGUCCUCGCAAUGGGAAUUAGAAUUAAAAACUAACAUGGACAAUGUAAAUAAUUUAUCGCUUGAGAAUUCUGUGCUCGACAGAAACGGAGAGCCGUCUAAUUUACAUUUUUAUAACGACGAAAGUACAAAAUUGAAGGAUUUAACGCAGAAAUUAAAUGUUCUAGAAAGCAGAGAUUAUUCUAUAAAAAAUUUCAAUCAGUUGAAGAAAUUGUCCGAAAAUUUUCAAACAUUCAGAAGUUCGUUUGUAAAUAUGCCGUUAAUGACGCACUUUGAAGAAUCACAUAACGAAGUCGCAGAUUCGAUGACGUUAAGCAAACAAAAAAUCGGUUUAAAGAUGAAUGCAUCGAAAUCUUUGAGUAACAGUCCUAUAAAAAUGAAUAUAUUUAAUUUAGGCUCAAGGUUUACAGAGAAAGGAAUAUACGAAAGUAUAGCAAAAUAUGUGCCAAACAACAUUCUCAACUUUGGCUUUAGUAAUAACAAAUCUCAAAGCAGUAGCGAUGUUAAUCUAUCGUUUAAUAUGGAUAAUAAUUCAGUAGAGAAGUAUCACAGUUUAAAUGAUAUCGUAGACGAUAAGACUGAUAAUCUCGAAUUUGAUCCGCAUGACACAAAUCUCAAGCAUAAUGCCCAAUGCUUUACAAUGAAACAAGCUGAUGAUAAUUGCUUAAAUACUACAAAAGAAUCGCGUUCUGCACAAUUAAAUAAUUAUAGUGAUGUAAAUUCGAAGUCGAAAACAGAACAAACAUCUGUAAGAAAAUCGUUAUUCUUAUCUUCCAGCGCUAAUUCGUCGCCGAUAAAAGCAAAACGAAUCACUCGUUUGUCAAGUGAAAACUGCUUAAAUAAAAAGGUGACAGAUGAUCUGAAUGAAUCUGCUGUUGCACAAAAACGAAAUGCUGAAAAGCGGUUGAACGAAUUGCCAUUACUAUCGUUAUUCGAGAAAGAUAAUUCAUUAGAGAACAGCAAGAAUAAAAGUUUCAGUAUGGUUAAUUUAGGUAAACCGCGGGACACUAUAAACGGUUUACAGUUGAACAAUGUAAUAACUUUAAGUACAGAGAGAUUGACAUAUUUGAAAGGCGAUUCGUUCUUAAGAAAUGUAAGAUAAAAAA